CGCGCGAGGUUUGUUUUCCUGCAUGAAGAACCAGCCGGACUAAUCUUCUGUCUGUUUGUUUCGUGUUUCUUGAUUUGUCAUUCCCUCUCAGUGAAUCUUGUCACUGCGACAUGAGAGAGGACACCCUCACACUCCGUCAUGGUGUGUCACAGGACAAUGUUUAGGGGUUACACAAGUGAGAUGCCAUGGACUUACCCUCAAAGAACAUGUACGACACAUUCAAAGAUGGAAUCUGGAGAGACCUGGGACUGCUGGACCCAGACUGGUUUGAAGCUCUGACAGCUCAAACGUGCAAUAAUGAGGAAAACGUCUCUGAUCAAGAUGACCUGUGUGCAAACCAAGAGGGACAUUUUAAAGCACCCUUUGACAAAACUGCAGUCAGUGCAGACAGUCAGCUGUUUUCAACCCCAAAAGUCUUCAGACACAGACCAGCUGUGUCACCUGAGACAGAGAAUGAGCAGUCGUUUACCGCUGAGCAAGAAAAAGACAAGUGGACAGCAACAGAAAGUCCCUGUCUGUUUCAGAUGUGUAAAGAGGAGGUCCCAGUAGCAAAGUAUGGCAGUAUUCAGCCCCAGAGUCUUGACAGUUUUGAUCUCCUUCAAACCCCACAGAAAUCCCCUACGAGCUAUGCAAGGCAGAUAUCUGAGAGUCUUGGUGCACAGUUUCAUCCUGACAUGACGUGGACCAGUUCUUUGAAUACCCCAACAGGAGCUCCAUCCACCCUGAUUUUGACCAAACCAGAAGAGAGUCCCUGCCCACAGAGUCUCUCUGCAGAGAGAAAUGUUGUUCUUGUGCGGGAGCUUUUUCCUUCUCUUUCGAAUGCUUCCAGAGUUGGAGAGGGGUCACCUGAAAAUGCUGGCAAGCCUAUUGUUCACCAAGGUGUUUGUUCACCUGAGUUUGUCGAGGAUCCAGAGUGCCACAACUCACCAACAAAUCAUCUCAAUCAGAGUGAUGUCAACUGGAAAGAGAAGCUACCACCUGCUAUUGAAGAUGGAGAACUUCAUACCACUGUGGCCAGUCUUCUUGAAGGCACUGAAAAUGUUCCCUCAGUGUAUUUCACCAACAGUAACUCAGCACUGAGGAAAGUCAAAACUGAUGGAAACAAAAGAAAACGAAUCACACCUGGCUGCAGCACCACGGACGUCUCAAUGACGGACAAUGCUGCAUCCAGAGAACAGGAAACAGCUGAUCAGGAACCUGGCAAAGUUCACUCAUCCCCACCAGUGAAAGCUUGUGAUAAUGGAAUCACCCAGUGGUCUCCACUGAGUUUAUCUGAAAUCCCAUCUUGCACUGCUUCUUGCUUUGAUAACAGCACUGCCGUACAAGUCAAAAACAAUAUUUUUACAGAGCAGUUACUAAAAGACUCUGACUCUGGUGCACAAAUCAGAAAACCUUUGAAUAUUACAGACUCUGGACUUAUUAAGAAAAGGAGAAAAUUCAUCUACAAUGUUAAGACUCCAAGACAAGAAGUUCAAGGAGAGGAGACACGGUGUCAGAGGUUGGUCUCACCACAAAAGAUUCCUGAUUCAGGAAAUGACUUGAACAUGAAGCAGCUGGGAAAGGCCCCUGUUGAAGCAGACUGCUGCAGUAUAAACGAGAUGCAAAAACAGGACAUUCUCACAGAAGAAAGCCUUCCUCCUCCUGCACAAGUGGAUGAUCAAGAUCUUGACAUGUCGCAGCUUUGCAGAGAUUUUGCACAAGACUUAAAUGAAAUGUCCGACCCUACUCAACCCAGUAAAGCAGCAGCAGUGGAUAUCCCUCAAAAUGUCUUCUCCCCGUCAGCUUGUCUGUCGGCCAUGAAACAAGCCAAGCAGAAAGCAAAGCAAACAAACAAUCACCUCGACUGUGAUGGGAUCAGUGACAGAAGACAUUAUUCCACAACAACCCAAAAUAACCCCAUCAGUGAGGUCACGGUGAGCGACAGUGGAUUUCAGUCUGCUGUUACAGAUACCUCCCACAUGACUGCUCCAUCAUUUGCUGUUCCCAGCUCAGACAACAUCUGUCAAAGUCAAGAAUGCUCUGGCAUUAAAGAUGACAUCCACGGGACCACUCCUUUUCUAUUUGCAAACAAAGAAAAUGGAAAAAUGCAUUUGGAUGAUAUUUUACAAGAAGCUGAAACAGAUGCCAAGCUAUCAAGUGCAAUUAAGGAAAGCCAGUUACUGGGCCCUGACAGAGAGAGUGAGCUGCACAUAAAGAACACAUCAACACGACUACCCAGCAGGGCAAAGGGAACACUCAAUAAUAUUGAUUGCAGUUCACCUAAUGGUCAAAUUUGUGGCAGUCUGCCAGAGAGAACAGCGCUUUCUCUCCCACCCGCUCAGGCAUCAGGAUUCAAAACGGCUUCCAACAAAGGGAUACACAUUUCCUCCGCCAACCUGCAGAAAGCAAAGCGUCUCUUUGAGGAGACUGAAGGAGAACGGACUUUCAGUGAUCAACCAAUGAAGUCUGGCCAUGACACUAAAAAUGAAAAUCUUAAGAGUCACGAAACAGUGAAAAAAACAACAUCUAACUCAAACCAGCCACCUUCUUCUAGUGAGAAAUUAACAGAUACCAGUUUCCAGCUAUCAGCCUCACAGAAAGCAGACGUGUCUGAGCUGUGCACUCUUCUGGAAGAAGCAGACAGCCAGUUUGAAUUUACACCAUUCAAAACUGCAAAGCCAAAACAACAUUGCCAAGAUGAAACCGCCUCCCACCAGAAUGCUGACAAAGAACUUGAUCCUGAUUUUCUUGCUGGCAUCGACUUUGAUGACAGUUUUAGUUUGGAUGCUGAGAAGCACCAGGCAGUAACUGUGAUGCACCAGAACAUUAACUUAGUUUCUGAUGGUAAAAACAGCCGUGAAACAUCCAAUGUCACAAGUAAAUCUGCAAGUUUGUCAGCGAUGGCAGAAGACAAGUCCUCUCCUGAGGAUGUGUCUGCUCUUUCAAAGCCUAUCUCUGAAGGCGGUGGCAGUAUUAUGUCAGCUAAAGUCAAAUAUGUCAACAAAGCUGAGCACACUGAAAUAAGCACGCCAGAAUGCAACAAUCCUCCAACGCUUGGUGUGGGCUUUAAGACGGCAGGAGGAAAUGUUGUGAGGGUUUCAAAAAAGUGCCUGAGCAAAGCCAAAGCUUUGUUUGCAGAUUUAGAGGAAAAUCUUGUGACAAGUCAAAACUCACCUGGCAUGCAAAGUAAGGGAACUGAUGCUGAAGCGCAGCAUAAGCAGAGGAGGGAUAAUCACUCUGCUAAUGUUGUGAAUCAUAAAGAGGAUAAUGCAGCAUUCACAUUUGGUGGAAAUAAUCCUGCAGGGAGAAUUCAGAACUGUUUAACCAGCACAGAGGAGUCAGUGUGUCGGGAUGAACAGCUCACUGACAUGAGAGGUGACGAUGCAAGAAGAAGUUUCAAAAACAGCACAAUGGACUCGAACUCGUGUCAAGGUGGGUUCCAGAUGGCCAGUGGGAAAGGAAUUUCUAUUACAGCAAAAGCAUUGCAAGAGGCAAAUGCUUUCUUCAAAGAGUGUGACAUUACCGACAGCAAUUCCAGCAUGUCUGCUAAACCAAGUAAGAAAAUUGAACCAUUGUGUAAGAGUGUCCAAAGGUCAGGUUUUAGAGAUACACUGGCUUUAAUGAAUGCAGCCGGUCCCCAUGGGAGCCUGUCUUCGUCUGCAAAAACCCUUUCAUCUCUCUCUUGUACAACACCAAAGAACAUCGGCUUCUCUGACAGAGAUAAAUUGAGCAGUGGUGGUGGAUUCUGUACGGCAAAAGGGGAGAACGUUUUGGUGUCAGGUGAUGCUGUUAAAAAAGCAGAGCGUCUUCUGAGUGAUGAUCGUACACCCGAGGACAAACGACUGAAACAGAAAGCUGCUCAUCUCAAUAAUCAGAUUCAGGUGACAGCUCCUAACAGUGGAGGCUUCCAGACAGCUAGUGGGAAAGGAGUUGCAAUAUCAUCUGAAGCGCUCAAGAAAGCAACGCUACUUUUUAGUGAGUGUGAGGAAGUUGGUGACCAGAUCGGUGCAGUGCCAACGCACUCCAAGAUGCCAGCUCCUCAGCCAGCACCAAGGAAGAGUGGAUUUCUGUCAGCCAGUGGGAAGUCUGUGGCUCUUUCAGCUGAAGCUCUCCAAAAGGCGAAAGCUCUCUUCAGUGACAUCAGUUGUGAUAAAGAGAUCCCAUCCGUUUCAGACACGAGGAACACUGCCAAAGAACAAAAAAGUCUUCCUAACACUGAGAAGCUUCAUUUGGGUUUCUCAACUGCAGGGGGAGCAAGAGUCCACGUGUCAAAGAAACAUCUGUUAAAAGCAAAGAACAUUUUGAAAGAUUUCGAGGAUGAUUCUUUUUCAGUGAAAGCAAUGCAGGAAGCAGAUGAAUUUUUCAAGGACUGCAACAUUACAGACACUAACAAUGCCAUCUCAGUCGAUCAUAAAAGUACAGCACAUGUUGGGGACAGUGACAAGAAGAAAACCUUUUCAAGAUUUGAGGAUCUAAAGGGGACAAAUGGCUCUGAAAAGUCUGGAAGUGGUUGCUCUGAGUUUGAAAGUGUGACUCCAAACUCUAAAGAGAUGAAACCCCUGAAAGGUAAAGAGCUCCACAAAGGGUUUUAUGAAAACAUGCAGCAUUCUGCAGACAGAGCUCCUUCAAAUAGAAACCUGCCUUUGAUGACAAAGCCCCUCGCUUCUCCAUUGUGCACGAUAUCAAACAAUGUUGGUUCCCCCGCCAUUGAUGAAUUAAGCGCUGGUGGUGGAUUCUCUACAGCGAGUGGGAAGAAAGUGUUUGUGUCUGGUGAUGCAAUGGCAAAAGCAAAGUCUCUGUUCAGUGAAAGUGCUACAUUUGAGAGCACAAACAACCAACUGGAUCAAGUAAAAGACAAUAUGCCAACACAGGGUGGUGGGUUUCAGACCGCCAGUGGCAAAGGAGUCGCAAUUACAUCUGCAGCCUUAAAGAAAGCAAAAACUCUGUUGAGUGAAUGUGAUGAAAUCCAGGACAAAAUCAGUGUGAAGCCAACACCGACUAAGAUGCCGGAUUCUUGUCGACCACUCAGGAAUCAUCAGUUUCAAUCAGCCAGUGGGAAACCAGUGGCAGUGUCAUCUGAGAGUCUCCAGAAGGCAAAAGCUCUCCUCAGUGACAUCAGUGUUAGUGCAGAGAUCCCUGCAGCUUCAGACUCACUGAGCAGUAACAAGAAACAAGAUGAUGCUGAGAGUAGAGAGAAAAAACAUUGUGGUUUCACAACUGCAGGGGGAGCAAAAGUCCACAUUUCACAUAACAGUUUGUUGAAAGCUAAGACGCUUAUGAAAGAGUUUGCUGAUGGGGACCUUUAUGAUUUGAGCUCACAUUCAACAAACCAACAUGACAUCCAGAAGUUGGAUCCAUCAAAAGCUAAAGAUGUGAAAAGAACUUUAAAUUCUGAUCUCGCCACAGCCAGGUCAAAGAAAAUACCUCCUGGUGAAAGUUUCCCACAGGAAGUUAAACCUUCAACUUCAUUGCAAGAGACUGGAAAUACAUUUGAAACCCAUCAGAAUUCAAGUUUAGGCAGCUGCAUUUACAACAAAGAUGAGACACCAACAGAUGCAGAGGGGAAAACGUCCCCAUCCAGGGUGCACAAACUCCAUGACAGCCUCAGAGAGGAUCAUCAAACAAAUCAGACAACCAGACGUGAAGGGUCUGACGUUCAAAGAAUAGAGUCUUCAGCUCUAUGCUUACAGUCACUUCACCUCAGUGGCUGCACUGAAACCCAGCAGAAGAUUCUGGCACAGGAGGCUCUGGACUGCACUCGAGCACUGUUAGAGGAUGAAUGUGUCGCUGGUCAGAAUCUCUGUAUGUCUACAGAAGAAACCCUGCAGCAAGACAGUUUAAAACACUGCAACACAUCUGAGGAGGAGGUUAAAGGAAGAGGGAAGAGACUUGCAGAGGACCCGGAUGUGGUCGGUCAGCCUCCUCUGAAGAGACGAUUACUGGAAGAUUUCGACAGAACUGUUGAUGGCCCAAAAGUUUCAACACUCUGUCCAGAAACAAGCACCCCAAACGGCAUCAUGAAAGACAGGAGAGUGUUCAAGUACAGCAGCUCUCUAAAUCCAAACAUCACCAGACCACACAGGAAUGGAAACCAGUACACAGAAAGUAGAUUGCAGAAGACCGCACCAACACAACACUCGGCACCAGGAGGCAGCAAGUCGGCACAAUUCAAGACGCCAGUGUUUGUACCCCCAUUUCUCAAGAAUGCAAAGACAGAGAGCCGCAAGAAUGCAAUGCUCCAGGAUAACAUAAGAACACCUCCUGAGUUUGUUCCCCCGUUCAAAAAACAAAGAACUAUUGUCCAAGAGAGCUCCUCCAAACCACAGGAGGGGGAGGAUAAACACUGCAGUGUUGUUGGAAUGCCAGCUAAAAGCAACACUUACGUACCGCCCACUAAGAACACGCAGAGCCCUGCGGAUAGAUCUGGUAAUAAUGAAGGCAAAGAUGACAAUGAGACCGUGGCCUUAAACAACACUACAAAAAAUAAUCUGACUAAUAAUCAAAAUCUCCCUGCUGGCUGUGGAUCAGAGGACUCUGCUGCAGAGACGUCACAUGCAGAAGACAUGUUGUGCAGAAGUGAAGAAAUGUUGCAGAAUCUUCACAACAUAGAGCUGGCACGAGACAUGCAAGACAUGAGGAUCAGGAAGAAGAAGCGACAGACCAUUAGACCUCUGCCAGGCAGUUUGUUUCUAACCAAGACGUCGGGAGUGCCGAGGGUACCGUUAAAGGCUGCAGUAAAUGGAAAGCCUCCUGCAAGAUACACACAAAAACAGCUGUAUGGAUAUGGAGUUCAUCAGCACGUGUGUGAGAUCACCAGUGACACAGCAGAAUCUUUCCGCUUCAGAUUACAGCAGUUCAUUAGACAGGAAGCAUUUAUAGAUGGAGGUGGUGUUCAGCUGGCUGAUGGAGGAUGGCUGAUCCCCAGCAAUGAUGGGACUGCAGGGAAGCAAGAGUUUUACAGAGCGCUGUGUGACACUCCUGGUGUGGAUCCUAAACUGAUGAGUGAGGAGUGGGUGUACAACCACUACAGAUGGAUUGUGUUGAAGCAGGCAUCAAAGGAGAGAUCAUUUCCUGACACGUUGGGCAGCCUCUGUCUGACUCCAGAGCAGGUUCUCCUACAGCUGAAGUACAGAUAUGAUGUGGAGUUGGACCACAGUCGCAGGCCAGCUCUGAGAAGGAUCAUGGAAAAAGACGACACAGCAGCCAAAAGGCUUGUCCUAUGUGUAUGCGGGGUCUUCUCCAGGGGUCAGUCCUCAAAACGACAGAGUCUCAGUGACACUAAGACUCCACAAGGAGGCGAUGCUCGAGUAGAAACCCCAUGUGCAGUUGUUUGGCUGACAGAUGGAUGGUACGCCAUCAAAGCACAGCUGGAUGAGCCUUUGACUGCCAUGCUUCACAAAGAACGCCUAGCUGUGGGGGGGAAGUUGAUCAUGCAUGGGGCUCAGCUGGUGGGAUCACAGGACGCCUGCUCCCCUCUGGAGGCCCCUGAAUCUCUCAUGUUAAAGAUCUGCGCUAAUAGCAGCAGGCCUGCACGAUGGGAUGUGAAGCUGGGGUUUCAAAGGGAUCCACGGCCAUUCCUGCUUCCUGUUUGCAGUUUGUACAGCAAUGGAGGGCCAGUAGGAUGUGUGGACAUGAUCAUACUGAGAAGCUACCCCAUACAAUGGAUGGAGAGGAAAGCAGACGGUGGUGUUGUGUUUCGUUCAGUUCGUGCUGAAGAAAAGGAGGCGAGACGAUACAACAGUAACAAACAAAAAACCAUGGAAGUCUUAUUCACCAAGAUUCAAGCUGAAUUUGAAAAAGAGGAGAAAGGUAAAAGCAAACCUCAACGAAGAAGACAGACGAUCAGUCGUCAGGGUAUCAAAAGUCUUCAGGAUGGAGAAGAGCUCUAUGACGCAGUGGGGGAAGACCCAGCUUAUCUCGAGGCUCAGCUGAGUGAGCAGCAGCUGGAGACUCUUCGUAGCUACAGACGGUCUCUGAUGGAGAGGAAGCAGGCUGAACUGCAGGAUCGGUACAGACAAGCUUUAGAGAGCGCAGAGAACAGUGAAGGUGGCUGUCCCAAGAGGGACGUCACACCUGUAUGGAGGCUCUGCUUUGCUGACUCCAUGGGACAACCCAGCAGUAUUUACCAGCUGAAUCUUUGGAGACCUACCUCUGACCUCCAGUCUUUGCUGAAGGAAGGCUGUCGUUACAAAGUCUAUAACCUCAGCGCUUCAGAUGGAAAGAAACUGAGUGGCAACAUCAGCAUUCAGCUGACCGGCACAAAGAAAACACAGUUUCAGGACCUACAGGCUUCUCAGGAACGGCUAUCAACACAUUUCCAACCAAGGGUCUCCAUCCAGUUUGUGGAUCUUCAGAAUCCAGAAUUCCAGCCUCUGUGUGGAGAGGUUGAUCUCACAGGAUUUGUCAUCAGUAUCAUCGAUGGACAGGGUCCCUCUCCUGCCUUCUUUUUGGCUGAUGGGAAACUGAACUUUGUUAAAGUGCGCUGUUUCAGCAGCCUGGCUCAGUCUGGCUUAGAGGAUGUGGUAAAACCUCGUGUCCUGUUAGCUCUGAGCAACCUGCAGCUGAGAGGUCAGUCCACACAUCCCACUCCGGUUGUGUACGCUGGAGAUCUGACUGCCUACUCGACAAACCCCAAAGAGGUUCAUCUACGGGAAUCCCUCAGCCAACUUAGAAACCUGAUACAGAGCCAGGAGAACUUCUUUCUGACUGCUGAGGAGAAGCUGUCAUAUUUAACCAGAUCUGAUGGCUCACACUCCUUCUCCUCUCUGCAGACAGGAACCCCAGCUUCGUUAAAAGAUAGGAGACAAAGCACAAAGAUAAGUCACCAAGUCAGAAGUUUUGGAUCCUUCACGCCUGUCGGCAGGAAUCCUUCUUCAACAAACUGUUCAACAGAGAAAGACCCGAGCAGCCUGAAGAGAAAGAGAGCCCUGGACUAUCUCUCUCGUAUUCCAUCUCCCCCUCCUCUUGCCCCUCUGGGCUCAGUGAAUUCUUCAUGUUUAAAAAAGACAUUUAACCCUCCUCGGAGGUCAGGGACACCCAGCACUUUAAAAACUGUACAGACUCCAGCUCGAAAACCUGUUGACCCACCUGUGGUGGAGGAAUGGGUUAAUGAUGAUGAGCUGGCUAUGAUUGAUACUCAGGCCUUGCUUUCUGGGGAUUCACUGUAGGUACAUAUCACUGUAUGAUGAAAAGCAUGAAAAAUACUGUAAAUAAUUGUACAAAUAAGUUAAUGUAAAGGCUGCUGUGGUAUAUAUUCUGAUGUUUUGUUGUCUAAGUGGACUCAUUAAAAAGGUGAACACACUUAAAAA